ACGUGACUGGGUAGAUCUCACAGCUACUAGUUCACAUGACGAGACGCGUUCCUUACUCUGGGCAUUACAGACAUCCAGCAGCUCUCCUGGUGGUUUCUGCUCCACAACAUGAGAGAGAGACAGAGGUGACGGACACCAAGAGGACUAGAUAGCUCGCAGCUGCUGAAGACAGGCGCAAGCAGUCAGGAAGCCCGCCGAAUCGACGCUCAGUUUUUGACGGACCUGGAAAAAGACGCGGCCGGUGCGCUGACUGCGUAGAGCCGCCCGCCUGCACCUGUCCCGCAGCCCCCCGCUCCUCCGAGGCUCUCCUGCCGCAGGUUUUCCGCUCCGACACCGCUGCGUUUCAACCAUGACACGCUCACACGCUUUGGGCGCGCUUGUCGUCUGCUUUGUGAUUUUCGGCUGCAGCCAGGCUGUUACUCUGGAGGUGAGGGAGGGGAACUCCACCUGCAUCAAAACUGAGCUCUCCGCCUCUUUCUCCAUCCAAUACAACACCUCCAGUGGAACGAGCACAGUACAGGUUCCUCUCCCCACCUCCACCACAGUUGAUUCCAGCAGCAGCUCGUGUGGCAGCGAUGGCAGCUUGCCCUGGCUGGUGGCGGUGUUUGGAGCGGGUCACGCGCUGGGCCUGGGCUUUUCCACCAACGGAAGCCUGUACAGUUUAGCCAACCUGACACUGCAGUACAACCUCAGCGACCCCUCUGUCUUCCCCGAGGCCAACAGCUCUGAUGUGGUCACUGUGGUGUCGACUUCAGUCGGGAUCUGGGCAAGAGUCAAUACCACGUACCGCUGUGUGAGUCCGGCCUCUUUCAGUGUAGGAGGAGCAAAUGUCACUUUCUCUGACAUGAGGAUGGAGGCGUACAUGCCCGGAGAUGAUCUGAGUCCCACUGAAAGUGUAUGUACUGCUGAUCAGGCCAGUACCACAGCUCCACCUCCCCCUGUUAGUACAACAACAGUGCCAACCCCUGUCCCAACCCCUCCCGGAACCCCUGAACAUGGCAACUACUCUGUCACCAAUGGCAACGGCACCGUCUGUCUCCUGGCCCAAAUGGGACUGCAGCUCAAUGUCUCCUAUUUAUCACAAAAUAAGACUGUCCAAGCAGUUGUGAACCUGAAUCCCAGGCUGAUGGCUGCCUCGGGGUCAUGUGAAGCCACCAAUGCCAGCUUGGUGCUGACGCAGGAGCAAUCCACCACGCUCACCUUUGUCUUCACUCUGAAUUCCACAUCCAGCAAGUACCAUCUGAGCGGCUUAUCACUGGUCGCGACGUGGCCCAAUAUGACUGCUCCCCUUUCAGCCAGCAACAGCAGUCUUGACUACCUGCGGAGUACGUUGGGACGCUCCUACAUGUGUAAUUCAGAGCAAACUCUGCGUGUAGUGCCAGCCUUCUCUCUCAACACAUUCAGACUGCAGGUCCAGCCCUUUGGCCUCACCACCAACAAUUUUGCUACAGCGGAGGAGUGUCAGAUGGACCAAGACCAAAUGCUCAUCCCAAUCAUAGUGGGAGCAGCUAUGGCCGGCCUGGUGCUCAUUGUCCUCAUCGCAUACCUAAUAGGCAGGAAGAGGAGCCACGCUGGAUACCAGACCAUCUGAAAAGACCUCGCGUAACCUGACUGACUGAAUGGAUUCUAUAAAGAUGAACCUGUGUGUGUGUCUGUGUGUGUGUGAGGGAGGUUAAUAGACUGUGCGGGUGCAAGCAUGAGUGAGUGAAAGCAGUUGUUACUCUGCGGUGUGCUUUUUUGUGUGUGUGUGUGCAUGUUUUUGCCUAUGUGACCUCUGAAUAUUUUUCUUCUUUGACUUCAUCCAUUGAUGAUGAAGAGAAGCCCAAUAUCUGCUAGCUACUAACCACACUUUAGUAAAACUUAGCCUGCCUCGGGGCAUCCUGGGCAAACCCGAGGGGACUAGACUGAACUCUCAGAUUUGCCGUUAAGACUUGGUUCUGCUCUGCCCUGUCAUGUUCUUGUUUAAAUAUUUUCUCCAACUUGGUCGAAUUUGCUUGAAUUUCUAUUGUGUUGUUAGUUGUGUAUUUGUUUGUAAAUAAAUCUUAAUUAUCAUGUUUGAUUUAGAGGCAGAGGGACAGGGUUUUAAGUUAACCAUUUCUGGCCUGAAUGGCAAUACAACUGGGUUGUACUGGAAAACCAGGUUUUCAAAUCAACCCUCGCCCUGCAAAAAAAUAAUUUCCUGUCCAGUAUACAUUUCUGUGCCGCUGGACAAAGAUGAUUUUUCCCCAAAGGCUUGUGUGUGUGAAGUUUAUAUCUUGCACACUGCUGUUCGAUGGUUUUGCAGUAAAUAAUGAAAACAAAGAAAGUCUUUGCAAGUUCAAAGGUUGAUUUUUGUAGGAUGCUGUCUUUUUUUAGACAUUGAUGAAUAUCAGCACAAUACAAUUACCUACAACAACUCCCGAUAUCUUUAUGAAAAGGGAAACCUCUGAAUGUCUCUCAUCCUCUGUCAUGUUUCUCUGCAGUGGAAAAUGAUAAAAGCCUGUAUAACUUUGUCUUAGAUGCAUCAAAACACAAUUUGAUUCAAGUAGCGUAGCAAGGCCUCAUAACCACAAUCUGUGACUCUGCAUUACUACCAUUUAUUAACAGGCCAGAUGCAGGGACUAGCAUUAUUUUGUUCAGAGGCUGUGUGAGGUACUGCUCUACCACCACCACAGAAAUGUUAAUAUGAAUAGCAGUGAUUUGAUCUUUUAUUUUUAUAGAAGAGGAUUUGAUCUCGUUUUCUAUUAUGCAUCUUCUAAACUCAAUAAAAAAAAAAACUCUUUAAAGUCUA